CGGCGGAGGCGCGGCGCCGACAGCCCUCCCACCUCCCACCGCUGGAGGACGAGGACGCGCAGAGAGAGAGAGAGAGAGGGAGAAAAAAAAUCCAACUUUGUGAACGGCCGCCGCGACAGGAGCCGCUCGUGAAGGGUCUGGUGUGAGGGCAGCAGCGCUGUGUGUCCAGAGGCCUCCCCCGGGACCUCGUUACACCCCGUCGGGCUCCGCCGGGUACUGUCAGUGGACUGCUGGGAGCCCCCGGCCGGUGCAGCUACACGACUUCAAAGACCUGGAACCACUUAACACUUGCUUGCAGACGCUUCCUAAGUGACACCACUGUUAAGGUACAGCAUCUUCGGCGCGCCAGAGACAUGAACUGAGGACGCAAGAGGAGAGCACUCGUUUCCGGAGGACUUCUGAGAUUUACAGUGGAACCAUGAGGAGCCCGAGACUGGCCGCCGCGCUGGGCUUCAUCGCCUGUUUCUGUGCCUUAUAUACAACUUCUGCCAUCGACAUCCCACUGGAGGUCUUAAGUCAUGUAAACAUUGAGCAGCUGCCCACCAUCACAGCUCAGUCGCCCAGCUCUCUCAUCGCCUUCCCUUUCGACGAGAGCUUCCCGGUGAUGUGUGAAGCCAAAGGGAAUCCCGAGCCAGAAUUCAGAUGGACAAAGAAUGGCCUGGAAUUUGACCCCUUUCUCGACCCCCGGCUGAUGAAAGAAGAGAAUUCUGGGACCUUUGUGAUACCCAAUAAUGGGAACCUUACAGAGUACCAGGGAAUCUAUCGCUGUUACGCCUCAAACAAAAUGGGGAUCGCCAUAUCGAAGGAGAUUGAGUUCAUUGUGCCCCAUGUUCCAAAGUUUCCUAAAGAGACGCUUGAUCCUGUCAUGGUGGAGGAAGGUCAGCCUUUCAUCUUAGAAUGUAACCCGCCCAAAGGAAUACCACCUCUGCAGAUCUACUGGAUGACUAUCAAUCUCCAGCACAUAGAACAGGAUCAGAGGGUGUCCAUGGGCUUGAACGGGGACCUGUACUUCUCUCACGCGGUGGAGAAGGACAGCAGGAGGGACUACUGCUGCUUCGCCGCCUUCCCAAGAAUACGAACCAUUGUUCAGAAGACCGCCAUGUCCGUCAUCGUCAAGACAAAAAAAAGUGACAUGAGUCCUGAAGCUGCUAAUGCCAUCCUGGAGAGAAGGCCUUCUCUUCUGACGCCCUCUGGUGCCAAAUCAGAGACACAGCUGGUCAAAGGCGAUGACUUGAAAUUGGAGUGUAUUGCUGAGGGAUUUCCAACUCCACAGGUGGAGUGGGUGAAGAUUGGUCAUCAGCUUCCCAUUAAAGCAAAGCUGGAGAAUCACGGAAAAUUACUGAUUGUUCCGACAGUUGGGCAGGAAGACAGCGGGAAGUACAUGUGCAAGGCGAAGAACCGAUUAGGAGAAAGCGUCCACUACUUCACAGUGAGAGUAGAAGAGCCUCCAGAGUGGGUGUUUGAGCCGGAGAGUCAGCUCAGCCCGAUCGGCUCAGACGUGCUCAUCAAGUGCUCCGCCACUGGGUCACCUCAGCCGACGGUAACGUGGAGGGUGAACGGCGUACGCCUGCAGGAUGCCCCGGCAGCCAACAGGAAGUCGUUUGACGACACCAUCUUUUUGCAUAACGCCAAAGUGUCUGACAGUGCGGUGUAUCAGUGCGAGGCCUCCAACAGACAUGGAAGCCUGCUGUCCAACGCAAACAUCAUGAUCAUGAAUCUGCCCCCCAUGAUUUUGACGGAAGAGGGGGAGGAAUACUCUGCUGUAGAGGGGAAGGGAGUGAUGAUGCACUGCAGGGUCUUCAGUUCUCCUCCUUCCACAAUCACCUGGAGCAAAGACGACUCCUCUGAAUCGGUGGACGGGCCGAGAUUUUCCGUUCAUGACAACGGAUCGCUGGAGAUCUACAGCACAGAGAAAGAUGACGCGGGACAGUACACGUGUUUAGCUAAAAACACAGAGGGAUCGUCUGCUAUCGACGCCAUGCUCUAUGUGAAAGAUCCCACUCGCAUAGUCGCGGCCCCGGAGGACCAACAGAUCCUAAUUGGUACCAUGGCCCAGCUCUCAUGCCUGGCAGAGUUUGACAAGGCCUCCAGCAACGACUUUGAGCUCCUGUGGGAAAAAGAUGAUAUAGAGAUAACCCUCAACUACACUGAGAAUUCAAGAUUCUUAAUGGAGGAUGGUAUUCUUCAGAUCAUCAAUGUAAGCCACAGGGACCAGGGUGUGUACACAUGUGUGGCAAGAACUCCAGUGGACCAAGACACGGCCUCAGCACUGCUCAUGGUGUUAGAUGUCCCCGAUGCACCUGACAACUUGCUACUGUCUGAGCGCAAGAGCAAAAGCGUGAAACUGAAAUGGAGCCCCGGGGACGAUCACAACAGCUCAGCCACAGAGUUUGUUAUCGAGUACGAGGAAAGCCAGUGGGAGCCGGGAAACUGGAAGGAGCUGCUACGAGUACCUGGAAACCACAACUCGGCUGUGCUCAAACUCCACGGCCACGUCGACUAUUGCUUCCGCGUGUCUGGAGUUAACACUGUGGGGAGGGGCCCUCCUAGUGAGCCCACAGAGAGAUACAAACCCCCCCCAGCAGCCCCUGACAAGAACCCAGAAAAUAUCAAAAUCGAAGGUCAUUUACCACAUGAAAUGGAUAUCAGCUGGGAGCCCUUGUUGCCCAUUGAGCACAACGGCCCCGGCCUGGAGUACAGGGUGAGUUACAGGAGACAGGACAUGGAGGAGGACUGGAAGGAACACGUGGUGAAGAGACACGCGUUUGUGGUGAAGAACACCCCCACCUUCGUUCCCUUUGAGAUCAAGAUCCAGGCCAAGAACCACCAGGGCUGGGGCCCCGAGCCCAAGAUAGUGACCGGCUACUCCGGCGAGGACUUUCCCUCUGCUGCACCUGAUGAUGUAGCUGUGGAGGUGAUGAACAGCACCGUGGUCAAGGUUAGCUGGAUGCGCGUACACAAGGACAAGCUACAUGGACAUCUGGGAGGAUACAGGAUAAACUGGUGGCGUCUGCGCAGCCUGGUGGACUCAAAGAAAAGCCACGGAGAGAAACACACGCUGACGUUCCCUGGGGACCGGAACCACGGCACGGUACCAGGACUAACUCCCUUCUCUGAGUACAGCCUCAUUGUCAUGACCUUCAACGGGCGGGGCAACGGACCCGGCAGCCAUCCCGUCAACUUCAAAACCCCAGAGGGAGUCCCGGAGAAAAAUCCUGUUUUCAGGGUCACAGAUGUUCAGAAGCACACCAUCUCUCUGGUCUGGGACCCGCCAUUGGAGCCCAAUGGGAUUCUCACCGGGUACCUCCUCAAUUACCAGCUCAUCAACGACACGGAGGAGGUGGGGCCCCUGCAGACGGUAGACAUCAGCAACCCUCUCACCACCAAGUGGUCCCUGCGCGACUUGGAGCCCCUGAGCAAAUACAAGGUCUACCUUCGCUCCUGCACCACGGUGGGCUGCGGGCCAGUUGUCAGCGAGGAGACCACCACAACCCUAGAAACAAGCAAGUCAGCUUCCCCCACACCUCCAAGCACUCGCAAGUCCCCAGUGACCAAACCCACUCGCUCCACCAUAGGUCUGGCCAGCAUCCACGCAGGAAUAUCCACCCAGGGCUGGUUUAUCGGCCUGAUGAGUGCCAUCGCUCUCCUCACACUAAUUGUGUUGAUCGCCUGCUUUGUCAACAGAAAUAAAGGAGGGAAGUAUUCCGUGAAAGAAAAAGAGGACCUUCACCCUGACGUGGAGUCCCAGGGCAUGAAUGACGACACAUUUUGUGAAUACAGUGACAACGACGAGAAGCCACUGAAGGGCAGCCAACACUCACUGAGCAGAGAGAUCAAAGCGGGGGACAGCGGGGACAGCCUGGUGGACUACGGCGACGAGGACGCGCAGUUCAACGAGGACGGCUCUUUUAUCGGCGAGUAUGCGGGCCGAAAGGAGAAGAGGGUGUCCGCUGAGAUCAAAGCCACCGCUCAGACCCCAGCGUGAAGAGCGGAACCGCCAUCCAUCUCCCUUCAGAGGCCGUUUUUCAUUAGACCCACUGGGACGAACAAAUGAGAGAGGGAACAGAACAUUAUCCAUACUGAGCACAAGUUUUGUGUCAAAUGUAAUGCGUCAUUGCCAACUGCACACUGCCAUUCCCAUUUUAUGAAGCUCUGUUUUGUCAAGUUGCAACAAAAGGACCAUUACUAAAUACUGUGUAUAUAUACUGUAUAUUCUAUGUGCGGAGUGUCUUUUUUUGUAUAAUUGUUAUUACACAGAACAUUUAGAGGACUUGAAUUUUCUUUUUUUCUCUCUCUCUCUCCAUCACUUCAGCUGCCGUACUGUUUGUACAAGUGUUACUAAAAUUUCGCUCCCCAUUGCACAUUGUUACAUGAAGCCUUGCCUCUCAUGUCAUCUUGUGGCAGACCUCAGACGAGUGGGAAAAUCAAGUUGAUAUUUUUCAACCGGAGCAAAUAUUACUGACCUUUUAUAUUUGAAAUGGAUUCAUUAAAUAUGAUGUGAGAUGUGUAUAAAGGUUGCUUAUUAACUUAUUUUUUUUCCAGUGGUUUUAUACCUGACAAUAUAACACGGAAAUCUACAUAUCGUUUUAUAUCAUAAACAUUGGUUCUUGAACCAUAAACCUCCCUUUUACGUUAAAGGAAAAUAUAAUUUAGUUGUUGUGCCUAUUGAGAUCCAUUGGACUGUAUAAAUUGCAAAACUUAGACUGUGCUUUGUAAGAUAUUUUCAAAAAUAUAAUCGAUUUCAGGUGACUUUGGUCCUGAUAAUACAGUAGUCAGAACUUUACAGUUUCUCUUUUACAGUUUGUAGAUACAUUAUUUUAUAUGACAGCUGCCAAUAGCUGUUGUUUGAAAUGUUGACACAAGCUAAGCUUUCUCUCAAAUUGACCCCCUGAAAAGUCCACGUAAGUUUUAUAGGAUUUGUUUGCAAUUGUGGUAAACCACACCCAGUGGUCUGUUAGCCUAGCUUAGCAUGAAUAUAGGUAACAGGGAAAUAGCUAGUGUGGCACUGCCUUAAAGUAAGAAAAUCGCCUACUAGCACCGUUGAAGCGGUGGAUUUAAUAUCCCUGGACACGGUCAGACUUCGAGCUAAUCCAAGUUAAUUGUUGCUUAAUUUUAAGAACAUAUCAGAGUGUUCUACUCAUUGCAAGAACGUGCAUAAGCAUAUUUCCCAAGAAUUUAAACCGCCCCUUUAAAGGGGAUACAGUGGUGAUUUUGUGUUGUGCAUCCAAGGUAUUGGAAGAAUUGGGCAGAGACAUUAAAAGCAGUGGUCAAAAUUGUAGAUGCAGGAGCCAAGAUAUCCUGACUUUUGAUUCGUGGGUCGGGCUCCAAAAAAAAAAAACGGAUCCCACGUUUCCCAAAAGGCAACUCGAUAGAGCUUUUCUUCGGGAAACGAGACGUUUUGUCCAAAUUCCGGGGCACCCGUUAUUAAAGCAGGCUUUUCUCUUAAUAAAUGCAUAGUCUCCAAGUCCAGAUACCCCGACCGGUAACACAAUGGAAUCAUCAGGGUUACUUCGCAAAGUUGAAUCCAGAGAACACAGAGGACAUUUGUAUUUGUAGGCUGAGUAGUCCUCUGCAUGGUCAGGAAACUGACUUCAAUGUGGGAAGUUGUCGGGAGUGCUCCUUUAGUAAGAAAGGCAUCAUACCUGCAAUGGAUUAACAUCUUGUAAUCGAAUGACUGUGUGAUUACAUGUUUGAUAUCCACCAACGGUUUGCUGAUUCAAUAUCAGUCCUAACAAUACUCUGUUAAUAUACCACCUUUCAAAACACAGUCACCAUGUUCACAACAGUCGCAAUGUUUUGUAAAAACUCAGCCAUUGCAUGGUUAGAAUGUCCCUUGGUGUUUUUGUGGUCAUUUAAUUGCUUUACUUUCCUACAUUCUGGUUUAUGGUCUGACUGCCAGCUUGGUCACGGCCCAUCGCUGACAGAUUUGAUAUUAUUCAAGUUCUUGUGCCCCCAGAGAAGAAUACAUGACUGAAUCCAGUCAGCAGUAAAAUAUGACUGGAGUGGAAGCCAGUACCUGUGGAAAUGCCCUCAUUGACUCUGAAUAAAACGGCAGAUGUUUGACAAAUUG